AAAGACUGCUCAAAAGAAAGCCAAUGUUCAGGUUGCUGCAGAAAUUGCGAAAGACACAUCGAUUUUUGAUGACAUACGCAUAAAUGACACUCAAUCACGAGCGUUUGAAACUGCACCUUCAAUAACUGUGCAAGGAACUCAUCCAUCUCCUACGAUCAACAGCGCAUUCUGUACUUCGCUCUCCACUGUGAAUGUGAAUUGUGCAAAUGUGAAUUAUGUGAAUAAUUCUUAUGCACAAUCUUCACUUUCGCAGAGAGAGUCUCGAAGUCCCCAUCUGGAGUUACUGUCUGCUUGUCCGUCAACAGCAAAUGAAUUUGGGUACGAACUCACUCCAACAAUAGUAUCUACCCAGGCUUUGCUCCCAUUCAUAGAUUCAAAUUACAGGGCGAUAAAUAUGCUCGCCAGUAAUGACGGAAAAUCCGCAAUGGUUUCCGAUGACUACACCACCUCUGCCACUCGUAGCACAACAGUACUUCGACAAUUCAACGGCACUACAGCCUUUAUAUGGAUCUGCUUCACAAGCCUCGCAAUCUAGUGAGCCACUGCAAUCUUGUUCAGUUCCUGAAUUUUCACAGCAGUCGAUACACGGAUCUGCUUCACAAGUCUCGCAAUCUAGUGAGCCACUGCAAUCUUGUUCACAACUGUCCGACUUUUCACAAUCCAAAUGUACACAACAAAAUGAUCCUAGAAACAAUAAUAUUCGUUCAAAAGACAUGGUUGAAAGAUUUAUAGAUGCUUUCAGAGCUCUUGCUCCGGAAGUGACUGAAUCAAACAUCAAAUUCUUCGAGACAGUGGUUACCACGAUAAAGUCGAUUGUAUACGUGUUCGCGGCGAAUGAGCGGUCAUUUAUUUCUGAUUUCUAUAGAACUCCCGGCAAAGGCAAGGUAGAAAUAUAUCCUGGAACAAACAUUUAUUUUUAUGAGGGUAUCAAAACAAAUAUUUUGGAUAAAUCUAAAGUUUUGGACCCGAACACCUCAGAGUGUAUUAAUCACUGGCCUCUCCUCGUGCGGCAUGCACUGAUCGAGUACCAAGAGUAUCAUCUCGUUCAACUCAUUAUUAACAAAUUGCAAGGACAUGCGUAUUCCGCUAUUGAGGGUACUCAACCGUUGAGUGUCCUCGAGUUAACAAGACGAUUGAAAAGAAUUUUUGGCCCUAACAAAUCAGUAGAUCAGUACCGCGGUGAACUAGCCAAUGUGUUUAUGAAAAGUAAUGAAAAUAUCUUCGAUUAUGUCGCGCGCGUACAAGAAUUACGCACCUCUAUUAUAGAUGGAGAAACCGACAGUGUUGGGUAUAUCGAAUCCAGCAGAAAAAAAGAGAUAGAAGAUACGGUCAUGAACAGUUUCGUGAACGGAUUGCCAUCCGAGCUACUUAUUCGAGUUAAAAUAGAGAAUUGUGAUAUUCUAGAAGAAUCGAUCGAGACCGCGAUCCAACUUUCAAAAACCAUAGAAGCUGAAAGAGCACGCAAGCGUCCUCUCGUUGUGAAUCCGCCUGCCCGUGCUGAUCCCCAGUAUACUAUCCUACGACCCCCUCGCCCCUCGAUACCUCCGGAAGGUCCCCGUCCAUUUAUUAAACCCUUGAUUCCCGGUCAGCCAGGACCAAACUUCCCUACCACUAAGGUGUGUUAUUAUUGUAAAGCCCCCGGACAUUUUAAGAACCAGUGUCAAAAAUACGCAAUCUACAACUUCAGCAAUGUAGAAACCUCCGAGGCAGAUAACGAGCUGCCAUCCGUGAUAAUAAAGUCGGGAGAUCUGAAGGCUCCAUGUAUUUUCAUGAUCGAUUCUGGAUCCAAAUUUAAUUUAAUAAAAGAACGUUUUAUUAAGGAACCAACAAUAAUUAAUCACGAUAACGUUGCCGAAUUGAAAGGUAUCACGCCCGGUGCAGUAUUUACCAAAGGUGAUAUUAAGAUUGAUUUUUUAGGACAACAAGUCCUGUUUCAUGUAAUAGCGGAUUCAAUUGCGUUCCCACACGAUGGAAUUAUAGGAACGCCCUUCUUUAAAAAUUAUGGAGCUAUUAUUAACUACAAAAGAAAAUGUUUGAUAUAUGACGACACCACUAUACCUUUUAUAAGGAUCGAACGAGUUUAUUUAACGGAACGGUCCGUCACUCCCUUUUAUGUUAACAUUUUAAAUUCUGAGGUACAGGAAGGCUACCUCCCCCGAUGUAAUAUACCUGAGAAAGUUUAUUUAGGCGAAGCCAUCGUCACUAACAAAAAUGGCAAGGCUUGUUUGCCGAUUUUCAAUACGUCAGAAGAAAAAAUAGAAGUUUUAAUACCAUCCGAAGAGUUACAAGAAUUCACUAUCAUAACACCGAAUAGUUCAAUUAAAGAAAACCCCGUGGGCAUCCGAAAAUGCACCAUUACGUGCAACGAAUCAAGUAAACCACUGUAUGAAACUGAAACCCGAGGGAAUGAGGCAGAGCACAAUUUAGAAAUACAAAACCCCCCCUUCAUAAGUGAUAACGACGUCGAGAACGACAUUGAUCAUAACCGCGCACCUCUUGAAAGCAUCGCCCAGAUCCAGAAACGCUUGGGAGACUCUGAUAUUCCCCCUGUCGGAAUUAGUAAUCCCGUAUAUUUCUUUAACGAACCCAAUAACCGCGUUAGGAAAGUUUUGGAAUUAUUAAGGUUAGAUCAUUUAAAUAGCGAAGAAAUUCUUAAUAUUCAAACUUUAGUUUCGAACUCUGCAGAUAGAUUCCAUAUCCCCGGUGAAAAGUUAGAAGCUACUACUUUUGUAGAACACAUAAUUCACACCACGGAUGAGCUCCCCGUUUUUACUAAGCAAUAUCGAUACCCCCCGUGCAUCGCGAAGAAAUUAACAAGCAGCUCUCCGGUAUGGAUAAUACCAAAAAAGGCCGAUUCCCAAGGCAACAAAAAAUGGAGAAUGGUGAUAGACUAUAGAAAUUUAAAUGAAAAGACCAUAGGUGAUGCCUAUCCUCUCCCCAAUAUUAUUGAUAUUUUAGACCAACUGGGGUCUGCCAAAUAUUUUUCAGUAUUGGACUUGGCAUCCGGUUUCCAUCAAAUUUCAAUGACUCCCAAAAACGCGCAUAAAACAGCUUUCACUACGCCAUAUGGACAUUAUCAAUUCAAGCGUAUGCCCUUUGGAUUAAAAAACGCCCCAGCCACAUUCCAACGAUUGAUGGAUAAUGUGUUAUCCGGAUUACAAGGAAACGAACUCUUCGUUUAUAUGGACGAUAUAGUCAUUUAUGCAAGAUCAAUAGAGGAACAUGAAAUUAAGUUUAAGAGAUUAAUACAAAGAUUACGCUCCGCAAACCUGAAGCUACAACCGGAUAAAUGUAAAUUUUUGUGCAAGGAAGUCUCUUAUUUGGGUCACAUCAUUGGGUCAAAUGGUGUUAGGCCAGAUCCCGACAAGAUUAAAGCAGUAGCUGAGUUUCCAACGCCCCGAACACCGAAAAACAUUAAGCAGUUUUUGGGACUCGCAGGAUACUAUCACCGCUUCAUUCCAAAUUUUUCAAAGGAAGCCAAGCCUCUUACAGAUUUGUUAAAGAAAAAUAAAGAAUUCCACUGGUCUACAAACCAGGUGAAUGCCUUUACUACUUUAAAAACCGCGUUGGGCUCCAAUCCUAUUCUACAAUAUCCGGAUUUCACGAAAAAUUUUACUCUCACAACUGACGCAUCAGGAUACGCGGUUGGCGGAAUAUUAAGUCAAGGCUCUAUAGGUAAGAACCUUCCGAUAGCUUACACUUCGCGCGUUUUAAACGCUGCAGAACAAAAUUACUCGACCAUUGAAAAGGAGUGCUUAGCCAUUAUAUAUUGCGUAAGUCACUUCCGACCUUACCUCUAUGGUAAACCAUUCACUAUUGUUACUGACCAUAAGCCGUUGGUAUGGUUGCACUCGGUUAAGGAUCCUUCUUCGCGUUUAUGGAAAUGGAGAACUAAAUUACUGGAAUAUGAAUAUGAGAUAAAAUAUAAAAAAGGCACUUUAAAUAAUAACGCCGACGCCUUAUCUAGAAAUCCCCCAGUAAACUUUAUUUUCCCCAUUGAUUUCAGUGAUGAUUCUAAUGAAUCUUUAUUUUCUCCUGUAUCCCGAAUCACUACCCCGCUACUUCCCUUACCCGCACCCAACUCUCCAGACCCUCCGAACCCAUCAAUAACGAGCCCUGCAAAUCGAAUGAAUAUGCCAUUAAAUUCUCCUCAUGAUGAUUAUAUAGAAAUGCCUAACCUCGAAUCAGAACUAACAAUCGAAGAAAUUCCUGUGUCAAGUGAUGAUGAGUUAAGUUCCGGUUCUGACCAAGAUUACGAGGAAAUGUUCACUCAUGUGACCACGCCAUACGAAAAUUGUCCUAUCGAAUAUAAUAUAAAUCAAGCCCCUAACAUUAUCGAAGUCCGUAAUAAUUUUUUAGAACAGAAGGGAGUUCACGCUAUAUUUAUUCAAUUGAAUGGUAUGCCCUUUGACCAAGGCGCUCAAUUAUAUUUUAAUGCUAAUCUGUUACCAAAAAUUCAACAGUUUAGAACCACAGCCUACCAUCCACAAUCCAACGGAUCUAUUGAACGAUCACAUCACGUUCUCAUGGAAUAUCUGAAGACACAGAUAGAUAACGAAAGGAAUUGGGACAAUUAUUUAAGUCUCGCUAUGUUCUCAUACAAUACGAGUGUGCAUGAGGGUACAAAAUUCUCUCCGUAUGAACUAGUAUUCGGAAAACUUGCACGAUUGCCCUCUUCGCACGAACCCAUUGAAGAAAACCUUGAACCAACGUAUCGCGAGUACUUAACGGAUUUAUUUAAUAAAUUAUCUGAAUUACAGAGACAAGCGCGAAUGCUUUGGGAUCGCCGUCCUGCCCUGCCAGACCCACAACGGGCCUUGCCACAUUUGAACAAUCUCAACGAAUUCUUCAUUUACUGUAUUAAGGCAGAAAGUUAUCGAAACAUUGAUACUGGAGAAGCUCUUUGCAGCCCUUGUUACGACCAAGUUUUGCCAUUGCUGGAGAUAAGAAACGACGGCACUUGUUCUGGCGCCCAGUAUUCUGAUUCAUAUGGAACUUGGGACAAUGUUACAGUUCAGGCCUCCGCUAAAAUUACAGUAAAAUCCGGAUUCUCUCCCGUACAUUUAAAUUCAGGAAAAAUUAAGUUACGAUCGGGAACUUCGUGUCCUCUAACUGACGGAUUCUGUCUAGAUCCCGACGACGGUUACUCCUUUUGGAAACCUAUGCCCUUAUCAUCCUGUAAAUUUGAGCAAUACGACGUCCUGUACGAGGGACCGGCAAAUAAGCUCACGUCUACUACCAGCGACUCGCCGGGUCAACCAAUCUACAGCUUGAUCACUCAAGACAUUACCUUCGCCCUCAUGACAACCAAGGAACUCUCUCUUUGCGGAUAUAAAUUACUCCGUACGGAGCACCCGAAACUAUUCAUCCUGUUCAAGACGGGGAUACCUUCGCCAAAAAGGGAAGCAUCUCUAUACCAAAUUUAG